GUGUAGCAGAAGGAAGUUAGGUCGGCUCCACUUUCUCAUUCUGUGGCCACAAAGAUCCAACCAAGAUGACGCCUUUACUUAGCACAUACAAAAGCCAAAAACUUUCCACACUCUUAAACUAAAGACCUCUUCUUUACACCCAUCUUACAGUAGUCAGCCGCGUUUCCCACACUACUCUUUCUCUCUCUAAAACUAUAUAUUCAGAUCUAAACUUCAUUUCUGGUAUAUUCUCAGCAAACCCAAAUCCACAAACAUCUUAAUCUCUCUCUAGAAACCAUUGAAAUGGGGUGUUUUUCUGCUUGUUUCUGCUUCAAAUCUACUGAGACAGCAAAGCUUUUGGACUCUGAUGGAAGUCUUAUCGGAAAGGUGAAGCUUCCGGUGAAAGCGGCGGAGCUGAUGCUGGAGAAGCCCGGCCACGUCAUUUCUCCGGUGGAGGAGCUCCGGCGGACUAGCCGGAUUUCGGCCCUGAGAGCCGACGACGAGCUUGUGGGUGGUAAAGUAUACAUGGUGGUGGCUGUGGGCAGAGUUGGGUCGAAAUUUUCUAUGGCGGAAUUGGAGAACAUAGAGUUGGCCUGCAAGAACAGGGGGAAGAAAAAUGGUUCAAAGGUGCUGCCGGAGGCGGCGGGGACGGCGGAGGAGAAGGAGGAGAUCGGAGGAGGGAUUGUAUGUGGUUCUGAUCAAUUGGGGGGUUACUGUCGUGUGAUUAACAAGCGGUGGAAUCCCAAUUUGGAGUCGAUUUGUGAGGAUUUUUCACACUCCUUUAGAGAUAGACAUUAGAGAUUUAGAAGAUUUUUAGGUGUUGGUUUAAUUAUGUAGAGGAUUAUUGGCAGUUUAGACGAAUUGUAUCAUAGAAUUUAUGGCAAAUUAUACCUUUUGAUUCUCAGAAAGCUUGCGUUUUUAGUUGCUUUACCGUUUUGUUUGAGCAAAUUAAAGACUAAAUUGGAAUACUUAUAAGGAAAGGAAAUACAGCAAAAGGAGCAACUCUGAUUAUUCCCACCAAUUCUUUAAGUGGUGGUGAAAAUAAACUCCAAAUAAUUUCUCACACCCAUCUUUUUGAUUUAGUUUAAGAUAUUCGAGGAGAAGUCAGUUAUGUUGAAAUUUGAUCUGCUGAUGUGUCCAACGUAAUGUUCGUCGAACAAGAUUCUCCUAUAAGAAUGGACAUCGAGGUGCCUUGAAAUAUCUUCCCACGCUUGAGUUAGAGACUUAGAGGCAGCAGUGCCAUCCGAAGAGGCCGUUUGGCAUAGGACGUGGUGGGCUUCCUCUGUGUCUUCUGACAGGUCAUUAGGGGAUAUUCCGAGAGCAGGCUGCCGCCUACAAUGUGUCCCUCGGACUCUACUACUGUUAGGAGCUUGGGCUCAUCGGUACAUUCCUUGUCAGGUAAGUGCAUUGUCUUCUUCGUUGACUGAACUACUACAAUGAGGUUGGUCCCUGCUGCCACAUAGGGUCGCAUGAUUCGCCAACGUCUACGCUCGAUUUCUCUACUAUUGUUAGGAGCGCUAUGGGCUCACCAGUACAUUCCUUGUCAGGAAAGCGCAUUGCCUUCUUUAUUGACUGAUCUACUACAAUGAGGUUGGUCCCUGUUGCCACAUGGGGUCGCAUGAUUCGCCAACGUCCCCACUCGAUUUUUCAUCCAUAAUGGAUGAGUUGAAGGUCUUGAUCCUUGUAAUCUUGAGUAGAAGUCAUUUUGCUGCCUCGUGAGACUUCCAUAUAUACAAACAUUUUCCCAACGAGGAUGAGAUUAGCAAUGGUACUGAUGUGUGCUGUAAGGCGGACGAUCACGUUGGGACUGAAGGGCUAUUUUAUUUUCUGGUGUAUUGGUGUGUUGUAAAAUAUAUUUAUACACGUCGAAAUUUAUAAAUAAGUGAAUUUCA